AUCACAUGAUGUCCUCUGCGUAUAUAGUCUCGGUAAGGUUGGGUAUAUAUCGACAUAUCACACACUAUAGUUUGGUAUAGUCUGUCUCUUCACUCCACCUUCAACACCCCCACCGCGAAGUGAGUAUACCUAUAUUCUGGCUCGCGAGCUUUAGGUAUAUAGUAACUAGUGUGUGCCUCCUCCGCGAGAGAGAGAGACAGCAAUAGCCGCGCAUAAAAGCCAUACCAGACCGUCGUCUGAGCUGAGAGAGCUGUGGCUGCGCUUCUCGUGGUCGGUGUAGCUUCCCGCGGGUGUCCAUCAGUUGCCGCGGCGAGCCGCCUUGUGAGUAUCAAGAUCGUCGCGCCGUCAAGCGUCCGUCGCCUCCUGCACACCGCCGUCCUUCUCAAGAUGCCGAACAUCAUCAACGACAUUAAGCUCGACUUCAAGGAUGUGCUCCUCAGGCCCAAGCGGAGCACCCUCAAGAGCAGAUCCGAUGUCGACUUAUUUAGAGAAAUAACUUUUCGUAAUUCCAAACGCACCUACCGAGGAAUACCCGUUAUGGCGUCGAACAUGGACACGGUCGGGACCUUCGAAAUGGCAAGAGCACUGUCCAAGCAUGGACUGUUUACGACCAUGCACAAAUAUUAUAGUGUUGAUGAAUGGAAAGAAUUUGCCAUUCAAAAUCCGGACUGCCUGCAAAACAUGGCGGCUAGUUCAGGGACAGGAAAUGAAGACUUUGAACGUUUGUUGAGUGUUUUGGCAGCAGUACCUGAGCUGUCCUUUAUUUGUAUAGAUGUUGCCAAUGGUUAUUCCCAGCAUUUUGUGGAAUACGUUAGGAAGGUUCGCUUGCAGUUUCCUAGUCACACAAUAAUUGCUGGAAAUGUAGUCACUGGGGAAAUGGUAGAAGAAUUGAUUUUGUCUGGUGCCGAUGUGAUUAAAGUAGGAAUUGGACCUGGAUCUGUUUGCACAACACGUAUGAAAACUGGUGUUGGCUAUCCUCAAUUAAGUGCAGUAAUUGAGUGUGCAGAUGCUGCUCAUGGCCUCAAAGGUCAUAUAAUUUCUGACGGUGGUUGCACUUGCCCGGGAGACAUAGCGAAAGCUUUUGGCGCUGGCGCCGAUUUCGUUAUGGCGGGUGGAAUGUUUGCUGGUCAUGACGAAUGCGGAGGCGAUACGAUUGAGAAGAACGGGAAAAAAUUCAAACUUUUUUAUGGAAUGUCUUCGAGCACUGCUAUGAAGAAACAUGCCGGCGGCGUCGCUGAUUACAGAUCAUCGGAAGGAAAAACCGUGGAAGUCCCUUACAAAGGUGGUGUGGAAGCUACAGUAUUAGAUAUGCUGGGAGGUCUGCGUUCAGCUUGCACCUACGUAGGAGCGUCUCGCUUGCGAGAACUGCCAAAACGCGCCACUUUUAUCCGCUGCACUCAGCAACUCAACAAUAUUUACGGACCACCAAUGUAAUCAAACUCGAGAUGAAUAAUUUUUUUACUUCUUUCUUAAAAAUCGCACCAGGGAUUGACGGGGAUAGCGGGUCUUCAGAGGUAAAAAGCGACUAAAAGUAAGAUAAUUUUUAAGCUAAACAAAAACAGUAAACAAGUGCCAUCGAGUAACGCGUGCACACGCGUGGGAGCAUAGAUACGCACAUGAUGCACAAUUAUAAAAUGAAGGUUCGCUUCUCUUUCGUUUACGUCGAUAACCGUCUGCCACUGUGGCGUCUUGAUUGAUCAAACAUUGAGAGGAGGAAGCGGCGAAUAAAUGCAUUCGGAUAGACCUUGGGCGAUGUGGCAAAAGUGCUGCAGCAGUAUUGAUUGGCGGUUUUAGUUCUGCGUGUCUAUGAAAGUGAGCUUCAAGCGAAGUAAUUAUUGCAGUCAAUUACAAAACUGUACGAAUUGAGUAAGAGAUGCUUUUUUAUAGAAAGAAUUUCAAAAAGUUUACGGCGAAUCUCCUACUAAAGAUUGAUUUUUUUUAAGUAUUGCAUUUAUGGAGUUGUUUUUGGCAUGUACAGGACGAAAUUUUAAUUUUAGAGGAAGAAAGAAGCUUUUUAAUCGGAAUCGAAAAACAUUUUUUAAGGAAAUAUUAUAAUUCGUGAAAUCAAAGAUCUAUGCAAAAAUGCAUAAUACAACGUUAAAAGAGAAAAAGUUCAGUUCUAUAUUGUUUAUCAACGACGCAGGUGAUUCCAUGCUUAGCGCGUGGAAUUGAAUAGCUUGACGGACCUCAAUUUUAUAGAUAUAAAACAGUAUUAGCAAAUAUCUAUAGAUAACUAUAGGAAAUGAACUGUUGUAUUUGUUACCAAAGAGUUGUCAGCCUGAAUGAAUCGUGAACUUAUUUUCUUUCCAAAAGAAAAAAAACAGCUCUGUGAUUUGGCUCUUGAAUUAAUUUAUUGGUAAUAAAGUAUUCCGUAAAAAAUGCGCAAAAGAAAUGUAACCGCACAAUCAUCUGUGUGAUUAGAUGCAAUUGUGUUGAUUUCAUGGUUUUCUAAAAAUUAUGUCACAGUUGCUAUUUAAGUAUAUAAGUGUGAUUAUUAGAUCUUAAGUAAUAUUGAAAGGAAAAUGGUACCGCAGCUUGUAUAUUUUACAGUCAUUCAUGCAUUUUAUUUAAAUCUUACCCAUGCGACUGAAAUGUUAUUAACAUUUAUCUGAACUAAGGCGAAUAGCUUUAUCGUUUUGAUGUUUUUACUUGCGAUACCAUUUUUUCUUCAACUUAGAUAAUUUUCAGCAGGGUUUUUUUUUUCAAAGAAAAGUACAUCUUUUCUUGUCCUCAUAUUUUUAUUUGUUUCAGACCUUCAUAUGUAUUAUUGAGUGUGAUUUUUGCUGUGUCAAGUAAACUAACGUUCAAUGUCGCCUUUAGUUUGUAAUAGUACAACGAUGUCAAAAUAAAAUGUUAUUGAUCAUAAGAAAAUUUGCUGAUAUACAUUCUGGUAAUGUUCAGUAAAUGUAAUAUAUUACAAUUGUACCUUUUCGAAGUUAAUAAAUAAAAACUGUGGAUGCUUAUAUCAGAA